AUGAGCGGCACCGUGCAGAUCUCGCAGACCACCGAGAGGACCCUUCCCAACAGCGAUUACCCCGUCAUGGAGGUCGAUCUCAUGGCCCGCCGAAGCGGCGAGAAGUACAAGGAGCACUUCGACGAAGGCUUCUACUGCUGCGCGCACUGCGGAGCGCGCCUGUUCAGCUCGACGGAGAAGUUCCAGGCCUCUGGUCGCUACCCGGCCUUCCGGAAGCCCAUUGCCCGCUCGUUCCUGAGGUUCCACGAGGACUUCUCCUACGGCACCCUGCGCAAGACCGCCUCCUGCGCCAACUGCGACCUGUACCUGGGAAUGGUGCUGGAGACUGUGGUGGAUGAGCAGCCGACCAAGUACUACGGCAUUCUGUCUAUCACUGUCGAGUUCGAGCCACGCGCCAACGCCGGCGACGCCCCCGACCACAUUGAAGAGGAGGAGAGCGAGGAAGAGGAGGUCGUGGAGCCGCCUCGCAUUGUCGUCGCUCCCAAGAAGACCGAGCCCGUCCAGCCCGCAGCUGAGCCCGUCCGAGCUGCGCCUGCGCAGCCCAAGGUCGUCGACGAUGAGGAAGAGAAGCCAACCGUGCAGACGCCUACUAAGAUCACGCCCACGGGUGAGGUUUCCAUCGGCGCGACGUUGGUCAAGUAUGCCCACAUUGCUCUCUUCGUCGCUCCGCUUGUUGCCGGUUUCUACCAGAAGUACCGCAACCAGAGCCACGCCUCUUGA